UGUGUUUGAGAGUUCAAGAAAUGAUGCAAAGGUGAGGUUGGCGGCACUAGAGCUCCGAAGGCCACAGUCACCGACGCAAAAUGUCGACGUCAAACACCGACUCUCAUCAAUCCUUGAAAUUGGCCGUUGCCAUGGCUCUCCUCCGUUCUAAGCUCCUCCACAACACCAACCCUCCUCCUCCACAUUCCGACGCUCUUCGUUGGAAGCGAAAGGCCAAGGAGCGAAAACAAGAGCUUCUGAGGCUCAAGGAAGAUCUCAGGGAAGCCGAAGAUGGUUUACGACAUGAUCUCUUCCCGCCAAGCGCUUCUUGCAAGUGCCAUUUCUUCGAUGAUUUGGGGAAAUUGAGCCCCAAUCAGUUCGAACGUGGCUCUAAUCGCAACUUCAAUGAUGUUCUUCGCCGGAGAUUUCUCAGACAAGUGCGGUUGAAGGAACGAAGGAGAAAAAGAACGGAUGAUUCAAUCAAACAUAACCAUUAUUCAGAUAUAGUCUGCGAGGAUGAAACAGAACAACUUAGGGCCUCAAUUGAUUUUCUGGUGGAGCUUUGCGACACUGCUUCUCCUGUGGAGAACAGUAACUUCACAAACUGGUCACACCAAGCUGUAGACUUUAUUUUAGCUUCAUUGAAGAAUCUGCUAUCAGUGAGAAAGAAUGUGGAAUACAUUGAAGGAAUUAUUAACAGCUUAAUUAUGCAUUUGGUCAGAAGGUUGUGUACGCCCUUAAAAGGAGAUGAGUUACAUCAUUUGGAUGCUGAUCACCAGUUCUAUGUCCAGCACUUGAUCCGCAAGCUUGGAAGUGAUCCCUUUGUUGGACACCGGGCAAUACUCUCAGUUUCUCAAAGAAUUUCUUUGAUAGCUGAAAGUUUGCUUUUCUUGGAUCCUUUUGAUGAUGCUUUUCCUAAUUUGCAUGGUUGUAUGUUUGUGCUGAUCCAGCUUAUUGAAUUUCUGAUAUCAGACUACUUAUUGGUUUGGUCAAGAGAUGAAGGUUUUGACAACAUGCUGUUUGUCGAGUGGGUGACAUCAAUUCUUCAUGCACGGAAAGCAUUAAAACUCUUGGAAAGCAGGAAUGGGCUUUAUGUUCUAUACAUGGAUAGGGUGACUGGGGAAUUGGCUAAACAUGUGGGUCAGGUUUCACUACUCCAGGAGCUCAACCCUGAUAUUAUUAAUAUCCUGUUCCAUUGACAAAAUUCUUUUGCAUAUUUUUCAGCACUGUAAACCACAUGCCUGAAACUUUUCCUGUAAAUCUAUUUUUAGUUUAAAAAAUAGAGACGGUUCUGCGCACUUGAACAUUAGGAUCAUGUUCCUUCAACAAAAUUCAGAACCAGAGGACCUCACUCUCUCUUAUCAUCAGUUUUCUCAGUAGAAAAUAUAAUGAUAUUUUGUGGUUCUUUCGUUUAAUCUUGCCCAUGUCGUCUUAUCUCAGUAAUUAUUGCCACUGCCUAUUCUAGUGGAUGAUGGGAUCACGAGGCCUAAGCUGGAUAGGUGGUUAAAGUAUCUGCUUGGCAUUUUGAGGUCAGGACAGAGGUCCUGGCAUAGAAACGGAUUUGUUUUCGUUGGGGUUCUGUCAUCGACUCAUUCCCGGGUAGCUGUCUCCUUUACACCCAGUAGCUUUCUUGCUCACCCAUUGCAACAGGGAAACAACUGGCUGAUAAAACCCAGUUCCUUUUGCACCUGGAAGGUUGGACUAGGACAAAUUCCAAGAGUUGGUUCCAGAUCAUUUUCUUAAUGUAUUUUGCUAAAUGCUCUAGCUUAGGAUAUGGUCAGUUUAUAUCUGCUCAUACAAAUUCUUAUUGUUGUCAUCAAAAAUGGAAAAUCAGUAGGUAAAGUCCAAGCAUCGAGUUUAUCUGGCAUUGAACACUCUGGUUCUUGAUCUCCAGAUCUUUAUGCCUGCGUAUGCCCUCCUCCGUUGCUGCCAAUUUUGUAUUAAUCCAGGUUUGAAUCUGUAAAAUUGAUGGUUGUGAGAGAAAGUGAUUUUUCCUUUUUGUUUUC